AUGACAACUGCUACGGUCACCUACCACAAACUUUCACAGCUUUCCGGUUGGACACCAAACGACCCGGCUCGCAUCGAUCCACAACUUCCAACGUCUUCAACUGCCGCUUCGCGCAGCUACGUUGCCGUGGAGUUUGCUGAACAAGAAAUGAGAUGGUCCCAUUGUAUUCCUCAUGAGAGAUUUCACGAGCAGUUAGCCGGGGAGAGCUUACAGCAGAACAAGAGGAAGACACGCAGCUCAAAAUGUCGUGCUAGCACAUCGGCCGUGCCCGGUGAGGAGUUGUGCCUUGUGUGUGGUGACAAAGCCUCAGGAUAUCACUACAACGCACUCACUUGUGAAGGUUGCAAAGGUUUCUUUCGCCGUUCGAUCACUCGACGGGCCGUCUACUACUGCAAAUUCGGUCGGGCGUGCGACAUAGACAUGUACAUGCGUCGGAAGUGCCAACACUGUCGGCUCGAGAAGUGCAUGAAAAUCGGAAUGCGAGCUGAGUUGGUGAUUCCGGAGGAGCAGUGCCGGAUCAGGCGUGAGGCGAAGAUGCGGCAGCGAUCCAAUCCUCACGAAGCGACAGAACUACCGUCACCCUCGUCCAUGGAUCUCUCGGCGCAAAUCCUUAGCGAUCCAUUUACUGCCAGAGAGCGCAGCAUGUCAGCAGAAUCCAGGGAACUUGUAUCCAGAAUAAAAGCCACUUCAAAUCUAAUUUCACUCGACCGAGACGAGGCAAUUGCUGCAAUUGUGAUGCAUCCCGUUUCCUGUUAUACUUCUUUCCAACAAUUGGCGGAAUUGACAAUACUGGAAGCGCAGUACACUCAUAAGUUUGUCCGUCAGUUACCGGGCUUCUCAAGGCUUCAGAAACUGGACAGGAAAACAUUACAAAAGGUUUCAAAGACGGAAAUCCUCAUGCUACGUACAGCAAGCAAGUAUGAUACUACCAGCGACUGCCUUAUUCUGGGAAACGAUCGGCAUUCUUUCCGCUACGAUCGAAAAAUGUAUUGUGAGGCUGGUAUGACACCAUUCGCCGAGUACGUGUUUGAACUAGCGCAACGAAUGGCUGACCUAUCGCCGGAUACAACUGAGAUGCUUCUUCUGGAGGCGAUUAUAGCAUUCUCCGGUAAGAGCUAUAACUGGUACAAACCUCAGUGGAAAUUUUAG